AUGUCUGACAACGAUCACUCAACAAUCAUAACCCUAAACCUAACCGGCACAGUCCUCAGUUCGGACUCUGGAGACAGUCAAGACACGGUACGAAUCACGCUCGACUCCAUUGCCCUCAAUGGCAUAACCGAGAUAGUGAAACGCAAUCUUAAAGAAACCAAUCGAAUCUCGAGAGACACCUCCGUCUUUCUUAAAGACGAAGAUAUCGUCAUAAAAGUAUCUCCAAUACCCGAGACCAAACCUAGCCAUAGAGUGCCGAAAAGUUUGAGAGCUGGUGACCGUGUCAGGCGGCUUAGUACUCUGCAGGUUUGUCCAUAG